GAGCGCCACUUGAUGAAGUAACCCUUGAAACAUAUUUCUACACAGACAGCUGUACAGCAUGGAGGUUUGUGCCUGCUCAUGGUGACUGUGCAGUGACCCGGAAGACCAGUUUUAACAUUAACUUUGACUUGCGGAACACACAGCGGAGCAGACACACCGCUUCCUGCAGCCUGCAGCCCCGCACAGGAGCCACCAAAUCUCCGCUCCGUCUGCACUGCCGCUGAUCUCCACGGACUCCACCGACCAUGAACAUCUCAUUUGCAGACAAACGAGCUCUGGUCACGGGAGCAGGAAAAGGGAUCGGCAGGGCCACGGCUCUCGCUCUGGCACACUGUGGGGCAAAGGUCACGGCGGUCACACGCACGCAGGCUGACCUCGACAGUCUGGUGCAGGAGUGUACGUCCAUCACUCCAGUGUGUGUGGACUUGGCAGACUGGGGGGCCACAGAGGCGGCCCUGCAGGACAUCGGCCCCAUCAAUCUGCUGGUGAAUAAUGCUGCCUGUGCCAAUCUGCAGCCGUUUCUGGAGGUCACACCCGACCAGUUUGACCAGUCAUUCAAUGUGAAUGUGAAAGCUGUGCUGCAUGUCUCCCAGAUCGUGGCUCGUGGUAUGAAGGCCAGAGGAUCAGGAGGCUCCAUCGUCAAUGUGUCAAGCCAGGCGUCCCAGUGCGCCCUCAGAGAUCACACCAUCUACUGUGCCACUAAAGCAGCCAUGGACAUGCUGACUAAAGUGAUGGCUCUGGAGCUUGGACCCCACAAGAUCCGUGUGAACGCUGUGAAUCCCACAGUGGUGAUGACUGAGAUGGGUCGCCUUGGCUGGAGCGACCCUGAAAAAGCCAAAAGCAUGAUGUCUCGCAUCCCUCUGGGCCGCUUUGCAGAGGUGGAAGACGUGGUGAACAGUAUUUUGUUCCUGCUGAGUGAUAAGAGCAACAUGACUAACGGAGCCACGCUGCCGGUGGAUGGAGGUUUCCUGGCCUGCUGACCAACAUGAGCCCCGUCUGAGUUAACGGUCCAAAUGGAGGUCAAUUUUAGUCCGUAAAUAAACUCAACCAACCUCUGA